AUGGCAUCAAACUCAACAGAACAUCAAGAAUCUGAUGAUCUCAAUAACUGCAAAAAAUUGGAUUGUAAAGGUCGUCCUUGUGCAACAUGUCAUAAGUGUCGUGAUUGGCGUUUUAUCGGAGGUCACGACACAUGGACAUGGAUCACCAAUUGGAAGAAUUGGACAAACGAUGAAUGGAGUUAUUUUGACAAUGAUCGUAUUUACAUGAAUUUUACGAAACAUGAUGGUGCUACCUGUUCUCUUUCUACUUAUGGUUAUAUUGAUUAUCCUGUUCCUCUUCAUCGUUUUUAUCUUGAUUCUGCUGCUGCUGCUGCUGAUACCCAUCGUAUUGAUGCUGAUCAUCGUCGUCCUGGUCGUCCCGGUUUUUGUCCUCUUCCAGGUGGUAGUUAUAGUCGUGAUGGUGGUGUUUAUAUUUAUCGUGGUUCUCUUCGUCAUGUUUGUGUUUGCGAGCUACAUUAA